AUGGCCGACGAGAAAUCCAAGGAAGGAGUCAAGACCGAGAACAACGACCAUAUUAAUUUGAAGGUGGCAGGACAGGAUGGCUCUGUGGUGCAGUUUAAAAUUAAGAGGCAUACACCACUUAGUAAACUAAUGAAAGCCUAUUGUGAACGACAGGGCACACCUGCACAGUUGGAAAUGGAGGAUGAAGAUACGAUUGAUGUGUUCCAGCAGCAGACAGGAGGUGUCUACUAAAAAGGGAACCUGCUA